AUGUCAACCGAGUGUAAACUCCUGGCAAAGAUAUGGUGCUCGCCAACACCUACAGCACCUUCCGCAAAGGCACUCCACACUGCAUGCCUAUCAUACCUCGAAUCUGUCAAACUGGCAACAUCCUGCUUAAGUCCUGAGCCUCGCACUUUGGAAAGUCUACCUGCCGAGAUCCAAUACCAGAUCAUCAGAAAUUUAGGAUUUGUAGGGAAAACUAAACUCAGACAGACAAACCAUUUCUACAACGCCACCAUUCCAGCUCCCACCCCCACUGAUGAAGAGCUUCGUGAAUUAAUCCUUGCUACCGAAUCGGAAAACUUUGCAAUAGAAAGACAACUAUUAGCCUGUAAUAACUGUUUACGCUUGCGACAUGUAGCCAAAUUCAGAGACACUCAGACAAGAGGGAAAAGAAUCCGCGAUGGCCCGCAGCGCUAUCUUCGUCUCUGUCUGCAGUGUGCAAUUUGGAAGGGAUGGUAUCGGCUUGGUAAAUUUAUCCAAGUAGACGGAGAGGAUGUGUACAUUUGUCGAUGUAGGAGAGCUACACCAAAGGCAAACCUGCCCCCUAAUUGGCUUACUCAUAAACGAUGUACGGAUUGUUAUUCAAAAAUAGAAACAUCACGGCAGAGAGAAGACAGCAAGCGCAAGCCGAACGGUCUAUUGAAGAAAUGGAUUGCAUAA